ACCAUACCUCAAACACAUGUACCCAUACCUUAAACAAAAGCGCUGCUUUGCACUCUAAUUGCAAUUAUGCAACACACUUACUCCUUUAUGCAACACACAUGGUCCUGCAUACUACACUCUAUUUCAUACAUAAGACACUUCGUUCAAAAAUGAAAUUUCAGGGUGCCAUUUGGAAAACACAUGUAUCCAAAAUACAAAACACAUCGGGUAAUUGCAACCACUCAAAUACACACCUGAAGGCACUUACUUGCAAAACUGAACACCAAUUAGCCAACUACAAAAAGCCCUCAGUUUAGCCAUUUCAAGAACUUUGCAAGCAUGGAUGGAGGGAGAGCAAGAGGAAGAGGAAGAGGAGGAGGAGGAGGAGGAGGAGGAGGAGGAGGAGGUCGUCGAAGAGGCCAUGCACGGACCCAUAUUUCUGAUGAUAUAAGAGCAACUUUGGUGGACCAUGUCAUCAACCAUGGCCUGACCAUGAGGGAAGCUGGGCAGAGAGUCCACCCACAUCUAAGCCGCUUCACAGUGGCAUCUGUAAUAAGAACAUUCCGACUAGAAAACAGAAUGACUCGAAGACCUUCUGGGGGAGGAUGCCAAUGCCUGUUCACACAACAGCAGGAACUUGCCGUUGUGGACCUAGUGAGGGCAGACAAUGCCAUCCGUCUCCACCAGCUACGAAAGACAAUACUUGCAGACAGGCAAGUGUUCAACAACAUAAACCAUGUGAGCAUCACCACCAUCAGACGCAUCUUGGGAAAACACAGCAUCACCAUGAAGCAGCUCUACAGAGUCCCAUUUGAGAGGAACAGUGACAGGGUCAAAGGACUUCGAGCUGAAUAUGUACGGAGAAUCUUGGCCAUGGAUGGAGCUGCACAGCCUCAUGAAUUCAUUUUCAUUGAUGAAGCUGGAUUUGACCUGUGCAAAACAAGACGACGGGGUCGUAAUGUAAUUGGCCAAAGGGCAAUUGUGCACGUGCCAGGGCAGCGCGGGGGAAAUAUCACAUUGUGUGCCGCCAUAAGCCUUCGAGGGCUUCUGCAUCAUCAUGCAAAACUAGGUCCAUACAAUAGCCAACAUAUACUCACAUUUCUAGAUGCUCUCCAUAAUAUAGUUGUACAGAACAGCCCAGAUCAGCCCAGGUUUGUGGUGAUAUGGGAUAAUGUCAGUUUCCAUCGGGCUGCUCCGGUCCAGGCCUGGUUCUCCAACCACAAUCAACUUGAAGUGGUAUACUUGCCCCCUUACUCACCAUUUUUAAACCCUAUAGAGGAAUUUUUUUCAGCUUGGAGAUGGCGUGUAUAUGACCGCCAACCACAUGCCCGCAUGCCUCUUCUGCAGGCAAUGGAACAGGCCUGCGGCGACAUUCAGGUGACAGCAAUCCAUGGAUGGUUUCGACAUGCAAGAGGAUAUUUUCCCCGGUGCCUAGCGGGAGAAGACAUUGCUUGCGAUGUCGAUGAGGUCCUGUGGCCAGACCCCAACAGACGGCGGGAUCCAUGAGCCCACGUAUGCACAAUUGUCAUGAUUUUUUGUGUUUACAGUAUAGUGUUUUUUCUAUUACUGUAUUAUGGGUUGUUGUUUUUUUUGCUUUAUCUGACUUCAUGGUACUGCAAUGUACUUGUACAGUGCUGCAAUGUACAAUAUUGAGUAGGCCUAUUUGCUUUUUUGGUUGUUUGAAAAUGUGUCUCCUGCAAAUAUGCCUUCUGAAUAAACAAUGACAAUCAAAGACUGCAGUGUUUUAUAUAAAGUAGACUAGUGUGUUCACCCUGAUCUGAAAGUGUUUGCAUAUGAUGCAAGUAUGUGUCAUUUUGUCAACAGAGUUACAUUUUGACAAAGGAAUGUUAGGUUUUGAUAGCAGAGUUUAGGCUUUGAGAGUAGAGUUUCAAUUUGGCACAGAUGUGAAUGGUAUAUUUCCCAGUGUUGUGUCAUGUUUACUUGUGUUUAGAGUUUUGGCACAAUGAGCGAAGUUUUGCAAAAUGUGUUCAAGCAA